AUGCCGCCAUCGGCUUCGCCAUCGUUGCUACCUCCCGCGAUCAACCUGGUAUCGCCGCCAUCGCCACCAGAAGAAGAAACUAGCAGUCCUGAUGGGCCGUCAUCGGCUCCGCCACCGGCUUUGCCAUCUGUGCUACCUCCCGUGGCCAACGUGUUAUUGCCGCCAUCGCCACCAAAAGAAGAACAAUCUGGUUCGGACAUGCCGCCAUCGGCUUCGCCAUCGUUGCUACCUCCCGCGAUCAACCUGGUAUCGCCGCCAUCGCCACCAGAAGAAGAAACUAGCAGUCCUGAUGGGCCGCCAUCGGCUCCGCCACCGGCUUUGCCAUCUGUGCUACCUCCCGUGGCCAACGUGUUAUUGCCGCCAUCGCCACCAAAAGAAGAACAAUCUGGUUCGGACAUGCCGCCAUCGGCUUCGCCAUCGUUGCUACCUCCCGCGAUCAACCUGGUAUCGCCGCCAUCGCCACCAGAAGAAGAAACUAGCAGUCCUGAUGGGCCGUCAUCGGCUCCGCCACCGGCUUUGCCAUCUGUGCUACCUCCCGUGGCCAACGUGUUAUUGCCGCCAUCGCCACCAAAAGAAGAACAAUCUGGUUCGGACAUGCCGCCAUCGGCUUCGCCAUCGUUGCUACCUCCCGCGAUCAACCUGGUAUCGCCGCCAUCGCCACCAGAAGAAGAAACUAGCAGUCCUGAUGGGCCGCCAUCGGCUCCGCCACCGGCUUUGCCAUCUGUGCUACCUCCCGUGGCCAACGUGUUAUUGCCGCCAUCGCCACCAAAAGAAGAACAAUCUGGUUCGGACAUGCCGCCAUCGGCUUCGCCAUCGUUGCUACCUCCCGCGAUCAACCUGGUAUCGCCGCCAUCGCCACCAGAAGAAGAAACUAGCAGUCCUGAUGGGCCGUCAUCGGCUCCGCCACCGGCUUUGCCAUCUGUGCUACCUCCCGUGGCCAACCUGUUAUUGCCGCCAUCGCCACCAAAAGAAGAACAAUCUGGUUCGGACAUGCCGCCAUCGGCUUCGCCAUCGUUGCUACCUCCCGCGAUCAACCUGGUAUCGCCGCCAUCGCCACCAGAAGAAGAAACUUUCAGUCCUGAUGGGCCGUCAUCGGCUUUGCCAUCUGUGUCCCCGUGGCCAACCUGUUAUUGUCCAUCACCAAAAAAACAAUGGUCGAAGCCGCCAUCGGCUUCGCCAUCUGUUGCUACCUCCCGCGAUCAACCUGGUAUCGCCGCCAUCGCCACCAGAAGAAGAAACUAUCAGUCCUGA